AUGGCAUGUAAAAUUGGACAUUUGGAAAUUGUGAAAUUGUUGUUGGAAAUGGAUGGAAUUGAUGUCAAUAAGGGUUUUGUGAAUAUUGAAAUUCAAAUAUUUAUAAUUUUUUACAAUGAAAUAGUUCAUCAAAUCGCGACAAGUCAGCAGCCAAUCAAUAAUAGUAGUGAUCUUCCUUUAGACAUUGCUCUUAAAAGAAAAAUUGACCUAUUGGAAAAAGAUUUGAAGGAAUGUGAACAAUUGUUGAGCAAAUUGAUUCUCAAUGAUCAAUCUUUUGUUUCUCAACAACCACAAGACCAAGCGAUAGACUUGAAUUCUCGUGUGAAUGAACUCACUUUGAAGAGAAAUUCACUUAGAAAUGAAUUACUUAAAGAGUAUCAAGAGUACAAUAAUGCUUUGAACCACAUGUCUAUUCUUUCAAAGAAAAAGAAACUUGUCAAGCUCUAUGAACAAUCUAUGGAUGAGUUGAGUGAAGAAGACAAGUUCAUUACUCAUUCAUUGGAGCCUCUCGAGAACAAAUCUCAGUUUAUGCAAGUCAUUAUUAAUCAAGAAAAAGAAAUUGAUGAUAAAUUGAAACAACUCAAAGAGGUAAAAGAAAAAAUUGAUCUUCAUGAAGAAGAGUUUGAGGAAAUUAACCCAUAA